AUGCAGAUCUUCGUGAAAACUUUGACAGGUAAAACGGUAACACUCGAGGUCGAAUCGUGCGACUCCAUCGACAACGUUAAGGCUGAAAUUCACGACAAGGAAGGAAUCCCGGAGGAUCAACAACGUUUGAUUUUCGCCGGAAAACAGCUUGAAGAUGGUCGGAUUCUUUCCGAUUACAACAUUCAAAAAGAGUCUACUUUGCAUUUGGUUCUGAGGCUGAGGGGCGGUCUUCCCAAUCGUUAUAAAUAUGACCCAUCUCUCAUGCAGUUGGCUUAUAAAUACAUUCUCAACAAGCAAAUUUGCCGCAAAUGCUAUGCUCGGCUGCCCCCUCGGGCGACCAACUGCAGGAAGAAAAAGUGUGGGCACAGCAAUCAGCUGAGACCAAAGUCAACCAAGAGCAUCCAUGCAGGCUUCUCUUGGAUUUUGGCUCUGUUGUUGCAAUGCUAA